CUACGUGCAGCCGCUAGCGAGCGGGGCAAAAGCCGCGCUGCAGGAUAUCUUCUAAGGCCCGCAGCGCAGGAUCUGUGCUGCUGACCUUGGAAAGCGGAAGGCUUUCAAGAGUGGGUAACGUAGCCUAAGGUCUGGGUGACCGUCGACUGCCCUGGCACAUUCUAUUUCACUUGCCAGACUUCACAAGACAUUUUAUACUGUGCCCUGUGAACCAGCGACAUUCACGCACAGGACUCAGAGGAAUCCUAAAGAUUCUAGGACCGUUUCUUAGACCAGCUCUGAGAUAGUUGAGAGGUCGCACUCGAUCACUUUCAAGGUUCAUUGAGCGUCUCAAUUGCUUUAUAGGUCUUCCUUCGUAGAAACGAAACCCGCUGCCUUUGAUCCUUUGGAGAAAGUUCAAAGGUGCCGGCCCACGCGGAGUAGCCAAAAUUAAAGUGAAGAGUCACAGCUUGGGACGGUGCUGGAAAACGUUUUUCCUCGAGAAGAAGUUUCUCAGUCUUGGCUGCAACAUUUCUCAACGCGACUGUGUUACAAGAACGCACCAGAACCCUUUAGUCUAUACUAGGCAGCAGAGAAUUUCUAGGACGUUUGGAUGUUGAUAAGCGGAGCGAGGCCUGCAGCAGAAAAGGAAGUCAUCCCACAGACUGUUCAGUACAACACAAUCGAAACUGUUUAGGCAGGCAUCCAAGUAUUGUGUGGCAAUUUCCUCUUUGCUCCAAGUCAGAAUAUCAUGGAUUCCUGUUACCGAUUACGGAGUAUUGUUAUGGCUGCGGUGCUUGGUCUGUUGGAAUCAGGCUUAUCGAACGCAGAGUUUCCCUAUCACACAUCCGCCGCACUAGCUACGAGUGGCUUGCGACCGAUUCGCAGGGGAGACUGCAAGCGACUUACAGGUCUGACCGAGGGACAGUUCCAAUGGUGCAAGACGCAUUCUGUCUUCAUGCAACCGAUUGUCAGUGGUGCCAAACUGGGUUUAGCCGAAUGCCAACGCAGGUUCUCCGAUAGGCGAUGGAACUGUCCAACGGACCAGCCAGAAGUCUUCGCUAAGGCCAUCGAGACAGCUAAUCCCGAGGCAUCAUUCGUGCACAGCAUCCAAUCUGCUGGCAUAACACUGGCCAUCGCCAGGACGUGUAGUCGAGGUGAUGCUCUGAAGUUCUGCCAGUGCGACCAAACCCUGACCAAGAAUAAGGCCAAGGACUGGACUUGGGGCCCAUGCACCGAUAACUAUCACAAAGGAAAGCAGUAUGCUAAGGAGUUCCUGGACGCUGGCAAGAAUGAAUCAUCGCCAAUCUCCAUGGUGGCAAGUUUCAACCAUGAAACAGGACAGACGGUUGUACGUCAGUCGAUGCAGCUAGUGUGCAAGUGUCACGGUUUGACAGGAACCUGUGCACAGAAAACAUGCUGGUACAGCCUCCCUAAGGUUCAAGUUAUCGGUAAGAAAGUCCUGAACAAGUACACGCGCGGACUGCGCGUGAAGUGGGAAGCCCAAACCGAGCAGAUUAAACCAUACAGUGCGUUGGUAACGAAUGUUACGGAUCAGCUCCUAUAUUCCACGCCGUCGUUGGACUACUGUGAAGCUAACGACGGGACGGGAGCGCUGGGCACUGCUGGACGACAGUGCGAUCCCAACAAGACCGGACCAGGUAGCUGCAAUCACCUGUGCUGUGCUAGGGGCUACAAUGAGAGGCGGCGCAUCGAGGAGAGAAAGUGUAAUUGUAAAUUCCUGUGGUGUUGUCGGGUGGUGUGCUCGCGAUGCUUGACGGUAAACAAGCACUACACGUGUCGAUGAGCAGCAGCAGCAGCAGCAGCAGCCGUGUCACUGUUGAGACAAAGAUUGCACCUUCAUAUGCAUGUGUACGGGUACCCAUACUGUUCCAUGAGACAAGCUGUGUUAGCAUCUCAUGGCCAGCAGCAUGAGCUGAGAAUACCAGCUGCUGGUCAUGACUAUGACUCAGUGUCAGCAUACAUGUAGGUUACUCAGCUUUACACUAUCCUGCACAGAUAUCUAUUGCAGUGCCGUGUUUGUCGUGACACUGCCUGGCAUCUGUGUUGCUAUGUCUACUUAACGGCUACAAGUCCCUAAUGUUCUCACUGUCACUGAAGAUUAUAACGAUGGUGACUUAACGCAAAAUGAACGCUUACCACCUUUUACCCACAACCUAAUUUUGGCAAGUAAUCGAGAUAAUUCCGUUUUUGAUGAUUCGUAGAAUUUGUAAAUAAUACUAAAAUAACAUUAUCACUCUUUAGCAGGAAAUACGCAAGUGGUACAGGUUUUGUUGUUCUUCCUACAUGUCGUUGCCAGUUUACAUGGUUGGUCGAUGUAGUACAUGUACUGGUCUUGCACAUUACAGUUGAUUGUUAUCAGGCCAUUGCGACCUUACACUUUUGCUUUAGCCGUCGUUAUUUCUUUACGAGACAACUUACUUGAGCAUAAACUUACUACUUACUACUUACUACUAUCCUGAAUGAUACACAUUUAAUCUAUCAGCUAACUACAGUACUAUGGUACUAGCAAUCAUGGACUACAUGCGCUUGAAAUCCUUCACUUGAAAACAUGUUUUAUUGUCGGCUA